AUGAGUUCCCAGCAAGAAAAGAUCAGGAUCCUCAUCCUCAACCCCAACUCCUCCAAGUCCAUGACCGGUGGCAUGGAAAAGUCUAUUUCUACGUUGAAUCUACCUGACAACAUCGAAAUCUCCUAUUACACAGCCCCGUCAGAUAGCCCAGCCAGCAUCAACGACGGCACCGACGUCCAAACCUCCGCCUCCGUCGUCCUCAACGACCUCGGCAGCGACCCCCAAGAUCUAAAAGAUUACCUAGACGCCGUCCUAGUCUGCUGUUUCUCCGUGCACCCCCUCGUCCCCCGCCUCUCCGAACUCGCUUCAUCCAACGACUUCCCCCUCUCCGUGACAGGCAUCUUCGAAGCCUCCGUCCUCACCUCCUUGUCGCUGCUCACCGGCCCAACGAAGAAAUGGGGCAUUGUCACGACGGGGAAGUACUGGGAGGAUCACCUUACCUUGGGUGUCAAGGAUUUUCUGGGUCAUGAGGGGAAUAAUGAGAAGUUUGCUGGGGUGCAGACGACGGGGUUGAAUGCGGGGGAUUUUCAUGGGGAUAUUCCGAAGGAGGUCAUUGAUGCUAAGUUGGUGGAUGCAACCAAGAAAUUGUUGCAGGCGGGGGAUGUGGAGUGUGUGGUGAUGGGGUGUGCGGGCAUGGCUGGACUUGAGCAAAUUAUUCGACGGACUGCCAUUGAGGAGUACGGCGAGGAAAGGGGGAAGAAGGUGAUGGUUGUUGAUGGAGUUAGGGCUGGAGUUGGGCUGUUGGCGGAGAUGGUGAAGAAUAGGAGGAUGUUUACCCAGUAG